UGCGCCUCGAGCCGCCGCUCCCCGAGCGCGGCCCGCGCGGCCGGGAUGCUGGGGGGCCAGCAGCAGCUGCAGCCCCUUGCGCUGCCCCCGCACCUCCAGCAGCAGCAGCACCAGCACUACUACCGGCGCCAGCAGCACUACAGCACGCUGCCCACCCCCCGCCGGCCCUGCCCCGAGCCGCCGCCGUGCCCGGAGCCGCCGCCGUGCCCGGAGCCGCCGCCGUGCCGCGAGCCGCCCGCCCGCCCCGAGCCGCCGCUCCCGCCGCCCUGCUUCGAGCCGCCGGCCCCGCAGCGCCAGGAGGGCGGCCCGGCGUUCGACAGGGUGCGGACCUACGGCCCCGGCUGCCGACGGGCGGGCGCGUCCUGCUCGUCCCGCGCCGCCUCGCCGCUGGAGCGCUCGCACGGCCACCAGCAGCUCAGCGCCGGCUGCCAGCCGCCGCCGCAGGGCACUGUUCGAAGGAUUAUCAUAGAGAAUCCUGAGCAGGAGCCAUUAUCCCCAUUUCUUAGAGGGGGGAACUUCUGUCCUGGAAAUAAUGUCAUCUAUGAAAAGACAAUAAGAAAAUAUGAACUAUUAAAUCCCCACCAAGAGAAGCAGUACCAAUUUUCCCACCAGUGUCAGAUUCCACAGCUGUCUGAUCAGUGCUGUGCCAUCCAGCCCUGCCAGCAGCCUGAGCAGCCCCCAGUCACACAGCAGUGCCAGCAAACACAGACUGGCAGCCCCUGUGAAGUAAUGCCCAUCUCUGUGACUGAUGACUGCAGAGGAAAUACAGUGAGGAGGGUGACAGUUCAAACCUGCGAACAGGAGAAUAAUGACCAGCUGGACUGCCGUUACUUUGGUGAGCUCCUUGCUGAACUGAACCGCAAGACCAACGACCUGUACAGUUGUUUACUACAGCAUGUGGAAAAGAUUGGAGGAAGGAACCAUGAGAUCGAAUUUACCAGUCAGACUGAAGAUAUUGAAGAAUUAAUUCCCAAAGGACUGUCUGAGGCAACAAAGCAGCAGAUUCGUUAUCUCCUCCAGAUGAGAGUGACAUCAGAUAAAUCUUUGAGACUUGUGCUUUCCACUUUCAAAAACUUACGUGAAGAGCUCUGCCAUUUACAGGAUGACCUGGGGAAGCUAGAAACUGACAAUGUCUUACUUAAGAAGGAUUUGGCUUUUAAAGAAUCUCAAGUAAAAGAAUAUGAAACUAUGUUGUCUUCUCUGAGAGAGAAUAAUCGUCAGCAGCAGCAAGGACUCAGAGAUAGUACUGCCAGGUGUCGGUCUCUGGAAGAACAGCUUCUUUCUCUUCAACUCAAUGAAGGAGAAAAGGACUGUCAGUUAAAGGAACUGGAAUACUCCAAGCGUGCCUUGGACCAAGAGAUUCAGAGUCUUAAGCUACAGAUCUGCUCCAGUCCAACAGUUCAGACUACCACAGAUGAACUCUCCAGCCGUUAUGUGGAGAUGAUCAAUAACUUGAGAGAGGAUAAAGACCGUGAGAUCCGCAGCCUUAGGUCUCAGUUGUGCCAAUUCCAGCAAGAUAUAUCAAGGCAAGAAGGGAACAACAGUGACUUGCAAAUAAAGCUUCAUGAACUGACAGCAAUGCUGGAGGAGAAAGAUGUUUGUAUUAAACAACAGCAAGAGGAACUCUUCAGACUCAAGCAUGAGAGAGUAUCAAGCAGUCAGUCUCCUGGUGUAACAGCUAUCAUCACGAAGAAGUACAGGAAUCAGUAUCCUAUCCUGGGUCUUUUGUCUGAUGACUACAAGGUUACAUCACCCGUCAACAAAUCACAAACUAUUGUAAUUGAGAGGACCGGAGAGAUAUGGAAACAUAUUAAGCACCACGUUCCUGAAACUUACACAGAGACAGAGCAGUGACUAAUCCAGGAAACACAGAAGAGUGGUGACUUCUUUUUAAAGAGUGACCUAAACUUACAGAAGGUGGGACUGCAGAAGCUGUUUAUGUUACAGGGCACAGGAUAGUAUCAAAUCUGAACACAAGGUGAAGACUUGAGAAAAAUCAGCACAGCCAGCUCACAGCCAGUACAGAAAUGUAAGAAUAGCUUUCUGGGGGACACAACCAAGAAAAGGCAACUGAAGGCAACAGGAGCAGCCUGAGUAGGCUGAAAGUAAAGCAUCUGGCAAACAACGAAUUAACAGAGUAAUAAAGAAAUAACAGUAAUAAGAAGCUACAAUCUCUUCCUAGCUUACUUGAAAAGUUAGUCAUUGUUUCCAUUUUUAUAAUGGAAAAUAUGAGUGCAUGCUGCAUUUAAAGAGAUCAAUAUCACUGAAUAAAUAAGAACUAUUAACUGGUUACAUUUUAAGUUUCCCAAGGUCUUUAUUACAUGUGCAAGUUUCAGCUGAAACAAAAUGACUUUGUCACAAGAUAAACUUGAUAAAUCCAGUUUAAGAAGUGCCAAUUUUCUCCAAGCUUGAGAAAUAUUUUUUCUGCAUUUAUGUUCUGUCAACCAAAUCUUUCUAUCUGCAUUCAUUACCGAAUAGCGAUGCUGACUGAUAGGUAUCUGAACAGCGUACUGAAAGUAGCAGGUAUGUGACAGUGCCUUUCAAGUAAUGAGUAUUUAUCAUGCUGACUCUUUUAGUAUGCUCAAGUAGAAGUACUUCACUUCAAUCUUAGUUACAUUAGAGAAAAAUUCUCAGGUAGAAACUCUGUGAUGUCUGCUAUUUAGGUGUCUGAUAACUUCCUGUGCUUGCUGGUAUUCAUAAAUAUAACAACAGCUCCUCCCAAUAUUGUCUAUUCUUGUGAUUCCUGAAGACAGUGAAUGAUGCCAGUUCUGGCCUGUGCCACUUCCUGGACAGAACUGUCUGCAGCUUAGUGAUAUGACUUCGACCACUCCACAGCUAGCUGCUGUAAGAGCUGACACGCAUUGCACUUGUGAAGGGGAAGGCUCAGACACUUAGAGAAAAUAAGUAUACUGUUAACUGAAGCAUUCUUUGUGCAGCAGACAGUUCAGUGAGUAUCCAUAUUAGCUUGUAACAGGCUGCUUGUUUCUUUGCUUUCAGGAAUGAAAGAAAUCCCUCAGCCAUCCAAACUGGUUAAAGGAGUCUACAAGAAAUACCUAAAAUUGCUUUCUUUUCUGCUUUUUUUUUUUUUUUUUUUGCCUCAGUAGAAGGUUUGGUCUGAUAAUGAGAGAAAGGCCAGGAAAGAAAUUAAGAACAUGAAAGCAUGAAGGCAAUGCAAGACCAGUGUCUUGUCCUCAUUGUAACAAACUGAGGUACCUGUGUCUGUGACUUGCUGCUAACAUCUGUGCACAAAUGUUACUUGUACUGUUUCAUGCACUUACUUUUCUCUCAGAAGAGAAUGGCAUGCCAUGCUGGUGAGGACUUCAGUUUCUCCUGACGUGCCUACCAUCUGUUCUUCAGUCACUCUUUCAGCAAUCUAAAAGACAAAAGUAGGAACUCUGAAACAUUUUUGUUUUCUCUUGAUAGCAUUAUCCGUGUUUUUUCUCUCCUAUCUGCUUGUGAUUGAGAUGUGAGAGUGAUACAAAUCUAAGUCUCACACACACACACGGAAUGGCUGGUUUCAGUACAGACAGAAUCACAAAUUGUCACUUCAUCUACUGCAGCCUGUUCAAGAUGAAGUAAAAACUGUCAUGGGGAAUGUUACUUAUGUUACAUCUGCCUGUCCAAAACUCAGCUGCAAAGGAAAAUGACUUCAUUUGUUCCAGAUAUACAAAACAUAGCAAUUGAAUUAGGAGAUGACUUGAUUUGGGCUGAUGCCAAUUCUGAAGAAUGUCACUGACAUCAGAAUUAACAUAUUUCAGGUACACCACUAUAAGCCCCCAAACCAGCCACAACUAUUUAUUUUGCUGUGUUUGAAAACAUCAAGAUUUCAUUAUAUUUUUAUACAGAAAAACUUAGCUAAUAGAGUAUAUUUUAUUAUCAGACCGACCUGUUAUUUACAGUUUUUUGCUCCAUGCAAGACUAUAGGAAUUCUCUCAGCUGAUUUGGUACAAAUAAUUAAACUGCUUUGGUAUAAAUAUGUAGCUGUCUUAACCAACACAAUGUGUUAGGUGAGCGGGAGAAGUACUAAAAGAAAAUCAUAGAAAAAAGCUUUAUGCAGUCAGAAGGUGCUAGCUGUGUAUCACAGGGUUCUUGCUUUGCUCUUUUUCAUGGAAUCAUAGAAUGUUUCUGCAGACACACACAUACUUCUGUCGCAGCAUAGACACUGUUUAAUGGUGAAAGAACCCUGUUGGCAAUAUAUGUUAAAUAAAUACAACUUUCUGAAUCAUGA